AUUUAAAGUCUCGCCCCAGCGGGAACGGUCCUUUGGCAGGUGCAGUGAGACAUUUCGUCGAACGCCUGGCCUGCCAUUUCAUCCGCCCCAAAUCGGUCGAGAUGAUGAGAUUGAACGAAGACGACAUGUUCCCGUCGACGCCGGGGAAGGUCAAGAUCGAGCGGGCGCACUCCAUGAAUCGCCAGUUCCACCGGUGCUUCGCCUCCACCGGCACCAUGUUCCUGUGGGCGCUCUUCUUGAUCGCGCUGACCGCCUCUUACCUCAGCUUCGAGAGCUUCGUCGAUUCUUCCUCCCGCUACUUCAACUCCUCUUGGGGCGGGAUGCGGUGGGAGAUGCAGAUCCGGACGUCCGCCACCCCCCGCCGCGCCGGCGGCAAGUCCGUGCUCCUCACCGGCGCCGCCGGCUUCGUCGGCACGCACGUGUCUAUGGCCCUCCGCAAGCGCGGCGACGGCGUCGUCGGGCUGGAUAACUUCAACAGCUACUACGAUCCGUCGCUGAAGAAGGCCCGCAAGGCGGUCCUGGCGUCGCACGGCGUGUUCGUGGUGGAGGGAGACAUCAACGACGCCCGCCUCCUCUCCAAGCUCUUCGAUGUCGUGCCCUUCACCCACGUGAUGCACCUAGCGGCGCAGGCCGGCGUCCGCUACGCCAUCGAGAACCCGGCGUCUUACGUCCACAGCAACAUCGCUGGUCUGGUCGCCCUGCUCGAGGCCUGCAAGUCCGCUGAUCCGCAGCCGGCGAUCGUCUGGGCGUCGUCUUCGUCGGUGUACGGCCUCAACGAGAAGGUGCCCUUCUCGGAGUCCGACCGCACAGACCGUCCUGCAUCCCUCUACGCCGCCACCAAGAAAGCCGGCGAGGAGAUCACCCACACCUACAACCACAUCUACGGCCUCUCCAUCACCGGCCUUCGUUUCUUCACCGUCUACGGGCCCUGGGGCCGCCCCGACAUGGCCUACUUCUCCUUCACCCGCAACAUCCUCCAGGGUAAGCCCAUCACCGUCUACCGCGGCAAGAACAGGGCCGACCUCGCCCGCGACUUCACCUACAUCGACGACAUCGUCAGGGGCUGCGUCGCCUCCCUCGACACCGCGUCCAAGAGUACUGGCAGCGGCGGCAGCAAGCGCGGUCCAGCCCAGUUCCGCAUCUUCAACCUGGGCAACACAUCGCCGGUCACUGUGCCGGCUCUCGUCCGCAUCCUGGAGCAGCACCUCAAGGUGAAGGCGACGAUCAACGAGGUGGAGAUGCCCGGCAACGGCGACGUCCCCUUCACCCAUGCCAACAUCAGCUUUGCUCGCGCCGAGCUCGGCUACAACCCAACGACCAACCUGGAGGUCGGCCUCAAGAAGUUCGUCAAGUGGUACCUCUCCUACUACGGCUACAACCCCAGAUCCACCGCCAGAACUUCCAAAAGCUUGUAAAGAUCCCUUUCCUCUGCUCCUUUCUACAUUUUUGUUCAAAUUUAGGUUCUUAUAAAAAUCACAAUGGAUUCUUUCUUCAAGAAAGAAGGAAACUAUUAAUUCUACUUCCACUCUGUCCUUGCGAUUCUAUUCGCACUAUUUUUCCUUCGUUCAUAUUAAUCAAAAUCCUGGUUCUCCGGCAAUCCGCCCGCUCCCAAUCGCCGGCGGCGGAGAAGAUCGGAGCUCAGUGUCUCUUUUUUAAAUUUGUCGCCAUUAAUGAUGUUAUCUUAUCGAGAUAUACGCGUUGUUUUACACUUUUGAGUGCCCGGGACACCCAUCAUGCCACCUUCCGUAUCAAUGGCUGAAUUCGCGGGGCCCACGCGCCGAUCGGGAGUCCACCGCGUGGUGCAUCGGGGAGUGAGCGCCAGCUUCAGUGGAACCACACGGAAUGAUUCCGUGCGGUCGCAGCGGAGGAGACAGCUGGCCAUGGGCCAAAUGGACGUCCCUGAUCAGUGAUGAUGCGCAGCUGUAACACUCUCUCUCCGAGCCUUUACAGCGCGUGUUAUGUCCACAGCUGGAAUAUUCGCGAACAGCUCCCUUUUUCAGACCCGACCUGCCUUCUCGGCCUACGUGGCGCGUGACGUCCUCCAUUUUGCGCCCGUUGCAGAAGCGGCUGGUCUCGUUCCUGUCGUCUUCCCACUUGGUCCGACAAUGGCGAGGUGCGAAUCGCUUCUUCUCCCUUUGUAUUUUCUCAGUUCGAUCACAAUCGCUUUGUUCUUCAUACUUCUAUAUCUUGCCGAUCUGUGCUUGGGGAUUUCUUUAAUUUGGACCCCCUUCUAGAUUUUGCAGACUUCUUUUAAUUUGGAUCGUCGGGAUUUGUUAAAUAAUUUCAUGCUUCUAUAUCUUCCAGAUCAAUUUUAGUCAACAUAAGGGAGUUUUAGAUGAUUUAUAGAAAAUGUUAAAAACGCACAUAUAUUGAAUCCUGACUAAUGGUGUUAUUAGCCAUGAAUAUACUGGCCGAGUCCGUGACUUGGUUGUUAAAGAGCAGAUUAUCUUUCUAAAUACUCCAGCAUUCCAAUGUUUAACAGGAUUUCAUAUCUUGUUUCCCAUAUGUUAUUGUUAAUUUACUGAGAGGUAGAUACAAAAGCUUAUUUGAAUUUUGUUCUUUACUGAGAGGUUUAUACAAAACCCCUUUAUCAUAAUUUUUAUUGAUCAAGUCCUUAAUAACCUGUAAGUUGGUGUGUAUACUAUGUAUUUGGAAAAUUUGUUCAUUAUAUCACCCAAAUUGAUGACCCUAAUAAUCUUGUCUAUGGUAGAUACAAGUUGUUUCUUGUGCUUAGAAAUUUUGAUGAUCAGAUAAUAGAUUGUGUUAAUGCAAUUGAUUACAUCACAUCGUGAUGGCAUAUUACCUGGGAUAGAUACAUGUUUCCUUGAGUUCUAUUUUAGGUUUAGGAUGUGAGGAUCAAAACCUACCUAAGGAGGACAUUGAAGGAUCACAGAACCAGAUUCUUUAUGAUUACUACUACGUUAAAAAUUUAGGUGGAAACUACACUGAAACAACGAGUUCCCAUCCUACCACUAAACUACUAAAGACUGUAGGUUGGGUUGUUCUGUAGGCGUGAAUAGAAUAGAAUAGAAUAGAAUGGGAAUGGAAAUGAGAUUGGAUUAGAGAGGAAUCCUUAGUGAAAUGUUUAAUUCCAUUCCUAUGUUGCAUUAUAGAAUGAAAUGAAGAUAUAAAGUAUCCAUUGAACAUAUGUAUGGAUGACAUUUUUUACAAAACGUGAUGUCAAACACAUUCACAACUUGCAAAGCUUGUUCAUAGAUCAGAUACAUCUAUAACUUACAGCCAAGUAAUUGGCCACAGUGCAUGGAUGAGAGGUUAAUCCACAAUUAGUUUGAUGCACAAGUAAAUUAUACAUGGAUGAGAGGUUAUAAGAACCACCCAUAAUACCCAAUGUUUUAGCAAGUAAAUAUUUUUCAGUCGAUUUAAGAGCUUUUCAUGUGGAGUGGGAUAGGAUCGAGUGAGGGAUGGGUUUCUUCUGAGUUUUUUUAGGCCUGUAAUGUUUUAUUCAGGGGUCUACAACCUGGAAUCUUGAUUACAUUUGGAAGGAGAAUACUGGAUUUCAUUUUGAUUCACUAAAUAGGCAACCAAACAGAGAAACGACUCUCAAUAGAAAUGAAUCACUCCACUCCAAACACAACCUUUUAAUUUAUACCUAUUAGAGCUAGUUGGUUGAGUAACCACCAACUGAAUGAUUCCAGCCUCAAAUCCUAAUUGGGAUUCAGACUUUUUAGGUUAGUUUGGAUCAUAUGAUUUUGAUAAUCAACCUUGAAGGCAAGAUAUCAAUAGAUGGACAAUUUUUAAAGAAAAUACCUCUUAAUAUUUCAGCCAUGACUAAUCAAUUCAUUAGUCACUAAUUAAUGUGAAAAAAACAUCCUUAAAUUAACCAAUCAAUCAUUAAAGCAAACAUAGAACAUGUUGAAGGCAAGUAUGAAGAGAAAUUAUGGUUAGGCCAAUUUUGAUUUAAGGAUUUUAACAAUGUAUUAUUACACGGUCACUGGGAAACACAUACAUCACUAACCUCAAGGGCAGCUCAGUUAAAAUAUUAAGUUUUUAUACUAAUGAGACUAACCAGGUCAACCAGUUAAUGGCCAACCAAAAGGGUCGAACCAAAAUUCUGGUUGAUUUAACCUCAUAAAUCAACCGCGAUCCAGCAAUCCAGUUUGGCACACAUUGCUUAGCACAGCAACUUGCAGCUCUAGGAACACAAUGUGCUCUGCAGUUCUCCGCAGGAGUUCCUCAACUCCAACACCACCUUGGCAUCCAGGGACCAUUCCCUCUAGUUUCUUAAGCUUCCUCACCACCCAAUGCUGGGCUGAGCUCUUCUUCCUUGGUCGAACUCUUGAAGCUCUCCCUGCCAUUGAAGAGAUCCUGGCCAAGGGAGUGGAGGUUGAUGCAGCAUAAAUAGGCAGUGAAAAGAUGGCGAGUGUUCAGCUAGGGAAGUGGUGGCAAUUUAUUGGCCAACCUGCCCAUGCAAAGUUUAUCAUAUCAUGUAGAGUGAGAUAUUGCUAGUUUAGGACUUGAAAUUAGUUGCUGCUCUGCAAGUCCACAUGUUUUCAUUUCAUUGUUUAUUUCCAGGUCCACUUGCAACUUGUGAUCCAAAACUGAACACAUCAUAGUACGUAGUCUAAGAUGUUGCUGCCUCUUUUGUGUACUGUACAGAAAAGCAUAAUUAAAUGAUAAUUAUUCGAUCGAUCGAUCGAGCAUUCAUUCAUUUUUAA